CAGAUUCCCUCAAACUACUUUGCAUCCUUCAUUAUGUUGAACACGCCGGGCAUCUGCUUAGAGCAAUACGCUCUUUCCUUCCAAAAUGGCUUCCUUCCUGACAGUCCUCCUCUGCAACAACUGCCUGACCCCUACUACUCCCCAUGGGAAAGCAUCGUCGCCAACUUGCCAGCUCGUAUCGAAGAGCGGGUGAUAAGGCAGUCGGUAGAUGAGUUGCCAAUUCUUACCACUAGCAAGCUAGCAUCUGAGCCGGAAUGGAGAAGAGCAUAUGUUGUGCUUGCUUAUCUUACCCAUGCCUACAUCUGGGGCGGAGAUACACCUCGCGAAGUAAGAGACCCUUCCUUAUGGCUCUCCACCGUUUCCCCAUGCUGGGUGUUACCACCCUGCAUCUCGCGGCCCUUCAUCGAGGUGUCGAAACAUCUAGAACUCCCACCGUGUGCAACGUACGCAGCUCUGAACCUUUGGAACUUCAGAAUCUCACAAGAAAACGCCGACCUGACUGACCCCGUUAAUCUAUCGGUUGUCAAUUCGUUCACUGGCACGAAAGACGAAGAAUGGUUUUUCAUGCUUUCGGUGGCAUUAGAGGCCAAGGGAGCACAGCUUAUCCCGCUGAUGACCAAUGCCAUCCAGGCCGCCAGUGUCGAUGACGCUGUGCUGGUGAAAGCACAUCUUGACCAGCUGGCCGAAGGUCUUGUCGAGCUUGGGGAGCUACUGGAGCGUAUGUAUGAGCACUGUCAACCAACCGUAUUCUAUCAUCAACUACGCCCCUUCCUAGCAGGUAGCAAGAACAUGGCGGUAGCUGGGCUGCCGAGGGGUGUGUAUUACAACAUGGGAGAUGGCGAAGGUGAAUGGCGUCAGCACAGUGGCGGCAGCAAUGCACAAAGCUCCUUGAUCCAGACAUUCGAUAUAUUCCUUGGUGUGGUGCACCAUGCGACGGGGGAAGCAAAGGACUCUACCGUUAAGCCCCCUGUUGCCUCCAAGGGCGGAUUCAUAGAACAAAUGCGCAAAUACAUGCCAGGACCCCACCGCCGCUUCCUCGAGAUGUUGGUUCGCACAGCCAAUGUCCGCUCAUAUGCUCUGAGCCACAAGGCUGACUCGCCGGUACGGGAUGCAUACAACGGAGCCGUGAUGUCACUGGGAAGAUUCCGAGACAAGCAUGUCAAGAUGGUGACACGAUACAUUAUCGGACCUGCGCGCGGUACGCCCCUAAGUGAGACGUCCUCGCAAAUCAAUCUGGCGACCAGGACAUCGACGCGCAUGGAAAGCUGGAACGGACAAGGAGUUACUGAUGGAGUUCAUGGUACUGGAGGAACUGACCUGAUUCCGUUCUUGAAGCAAACACGAGAUACCACCAAGGCCGCAGCUUGCUACUCGGAUUGAGUGUGACGACCAUACUGUGUGACUUGCUUGUUCGAGGUACGGGGACAGCAUCAUCACCAUCAUCCAUGUACAUAAUCCGAAUGCCAC